AUGACACAUUCAAGCGACCUAACAUAUUUAACUCGUGCGGUGUUCGUCUCGUGGACCUUCAUUUGGUUCUUACAACAUGUGUGGAAUAUUGAUAGAUUCGAUGCAUUAAGGUGGAAACGUGUUAAAAAAUACGAAUUGAAAGCCUCGAGAGUUGCCAUAUCACGUGAUAACAUAUCUUUGAAUCAAUUGCAGAAAUCAGUAAUCACAAUCUUACUGGUGAUUAUGUGCCCGUUACAAGCUUUUUAUGAUAUCACGAUAUCGAACGUAAAAUAUCAUGAAGGUUUUUGGGUUAAUCCAUUAAACGGCGAAAUUAUUUCGAAGCCACAUCAAUUUUGGAGCAAGAGCAACGAUGACUUGGUGGUGCCUACAAACUAUAUCCUCUGCGCAAACUUUAGCUUACAGACUUGCUUGUUGUUUUUGCUUCAAUCAUUUUGGAACUAUCUCGCCAACAAUUUGGCGAAGACUUCCUUUAUGGGUAGUUUCGAAUUCAAAUCAUACAUUGUAUAUUCAAUAUUUAGUGCACUCAUUUUCCCUUUAUUACAAUUCAUUUAUCGAGACGAUACGUUUUACACCGAAAUCAUCCCUCAAUUGGUCUACGCAAUAUUCAUGUUUUUAAUCGCAAUGUUGGGAAUAAGAUCUCAUAGUAGAUUCACAAAUUUAUUACACGUGACGAAAAAUGCAAAGACGCCCCAUGUUAACAUUGUAUUAAAGUUGGAAUAUUUUAGAGAUAUGAAUAGAUACUUAACGUGGGGUCUUUUGAUCGGAUCGGCCGCAUUCAUGAUUCUCUGUAUUGAUGGUUUAACCUCCUCGAAGUAUCUUAUCUCGCAUAAAUUCGCAUCCGACCUUAUAUUAUGUCAUGUAAAUUUUUCACUUUGGAUCGUAUACAUUACUCUGAUCUUAAUCUUUUAUCCAUCCACAAGUACCUUAAGUGAUGCGCUUACAAUAGCAAAAGUGACCAACUCAUCUUCAGCGAACACAAAGGGGACAUUAAGUAAUAAUUUAAUGCCUCCAAAUCCACAAUGGAUGAGAUCAUUAAAUGUUGAUGAUAGUCAAAGUCAAAGUCAAUGGUCUACUCAAAUAUCUUCGCAACAGACAAAUUCUCAAAUGGAUUCUAACAGUUAUCUUGUGGAAAUACAUGAAGAUUUACCUCCCCCAAUGCAGCCUUAUCAUGAAAGAGGAUUAAAUUCUACUACUCUUCCACUUUCUCCCCCACUUUCUCCCCCUUAUCAUCCUUCGGUUCCUUCAAUUCCUCCAAAUUCCCCACCACCGCCUCCACCAUUACCGCAACAUCAGAUAAUAAUUCCCCCUUCGACGGCGUUAAAUCCCAUCACGCAAUCUCCCACUUCAUACGUCAAACAAUCAAAAUUAAAAUAUCCCUCUUCACCAUUAUUACCGAGAAAUAACAGUUUUGAUAAUGUUAAAAGUGUUUAUGAUAAUGAGCAUACGAGUCAUUUACCUCAUUCCCCCCCGGUUCAUUCACCGUUAAAUCGAUCUCAUUUUAUAAAUGAUUCCAUAAUUUCACCUAUACCAAGGAAAAUUUCGGAUGGUUCUUUACUAGAUUAUUCCAUGAGACCUACCCCACCGAAAAAGUCUCCAAGAAGGCCUUCCGUAACGUCUAUUAAUUCCGCUACAAUUAUUAGGGGUACAACUUCCACAACUUCUUUAAGUUCAUCUGCCACCGUGAAUUCGGUCACGCUUCCUUCAUCCGAUGAUGAAACGAUUAAUAAGGUUACGAAUUUGGAUACAAGAAAAGUUGCUCCUUUUAUGUAUCAAGACCUACCCACACAGCAAGAUUCACGAGAAAGAUCUAUACCUUCAAUUGCACGUUCACCAUCACAAAAUCCUACCAUCACAAAAGCUGGGGAAACAUUUCAAAAGAGACGAGAAGAAUCUAGGAGACAACAACAAAAAUCAAUUUCUCAAAAAAGUAUCCCAACAGAGGUUUCAUCACAACAAAAAUCAAGUCUUGGCACCACAAAAACUUCACAAGCAAGAGUUUUUUCACCUAGUCUUGUAAAAUUUGCAACAACGGCUAAUGAAAACAGUAACCCUCCCUCAUCGACACAAAGAGUUUCGAAAUCAUCACAACCGUCACGAACGUCUAAAACUCUUUCACAAGUUACCACGAGAUCUUAUCAUGGUUCACCUCUCGUUCCCAGGAGUGGAGGUGAUAAUGAAACCGCAAGUUCUUCCACCUCCACGAUUAAGAAAUCAUUUCCUAUGCAACCCAAUAACUUGGAAAAUAUUGCGGUGAGAAGUAGGAGCGGAGGGGUUAAGGGAGUCGUGGGUGAUGUAACAAAUAGCGCUAGGAAUAGUGUGGUGAAAAAUAAUGCCAUAAAAAGUCGUUCAAAUAGUAAUACCGCAAGUAUUGGAAAUGGUAAAGUGAAUUCAACGAACAGUGUGAGAAGUAGCCUUUUGGGAAGCAGAACGAGAUCCAAUAGUAUUGCAGAUGUUGGAGCUAAUAGUGUGUUUGAAAGGUUAAGAUCAGAAACCAUCUCUUCGAGUGGAAAAGCAAAAGCAAAGACAAAGACAAUUGGGAGAAAUCGAUCCGUUAGCUCUUCCAGUAAUUCAAGUACUUCAAGUACUGGAAGUAUUAGGAAAAUAAUUAAAGCGGGAAUGGUAAUUUGA